AGAAGCGUGUGCUGCUACCACCACCAUAAUCAUGGAGCAAGUUUAUUAGCCAGUGAAUAAUAACAAUAAUAAUAAAAUCACAUGCUCUAUAACUAUAAAAAAACAAAACAAUAUCGCAUAUAUUGAUGUAAGUAUUCAUACAUACACGUAGACACAUAUUUCUAGGGAUAAAGCUAGAUUCACUUUUAGAAUCUUACAUAUGCAUACAUAAACAAAUGCUUAGGCUGAAACAGAAAUACUAAGGUAUAAACAUGGAAUCAUAACGAUAUAUAUACAGAAAUACAUAAACACUUACAAACACACACAUAUAUACAUAGACACACACACACGCAUAUAUACACAUAAAGUACACAGGUGUAUUAACACAUUUCUGUUUCUCUUUCAUUUACUUUUGAUCUCACUCUUAGUUCUGUGUCUCCCUGUCAUUCGUUCAGUCAUUCACAUUUUCUCCUUCACCUGUCUCUUUCUUUAAGACACUCCCUCCUGUUCUCUCCCUUCUUUCCUUCCUCUUUUUCUUUUUUUCUAUUAAUCAUCUUUUUCUUUCUCCCUCCUUACACCUUGUGUUUACUGCCUUCCUAUCUUUCUACACUCACCCUUUCACUCACACUCUCUCCAUUUAAAACCCCCCCUCUCUCUUCCUUUUUAUUCACUUACACUCUCACUCACGAUCUCUCUUCUGUCUUGUCCGUACUUCCCUGUCUAUCUCUAUUCGACCAGUAGCGGUAUUCAAGAGAACUGAAGGAGGAGAAAAAAAUAUAUAUAUAUACACACACAUAUGCAUAUAUAUAUAUUAUAUAUACAUAUACACAGCGUGUGAUUUCUUAGUGCCUUAAACUGAAGCGAAAGAAGAAAAUUAAAGAAACACAUAGUCUAAAUACACACAAGAAUGCAAUGAAGAAAAAGAAAUAGAUGAAAAAAAUUCACAAUUAAGCAAUUAUAAAUAAAUAAUUAGAAUAAACAUAUACAAAAUAAAACAAAAUACGACCAACAAUCAUAUAAAAGCAACAGCAGUAGCGGCACAUUAACAAUUACGAUAUCAACAAUUAUAAAUAAUAUCAUCAUAAACAGUAUCAGCACCGCUGACAGUUAUUGCAAUAAUAACAAUUACGGUAAGAAAACCACGGAACAAGGAUGCCUCGCAUAGGAUAUCUGCUAAGUGACAAAAAAGAGAAAAAGUUCAACUUGGAGAAAUUAGCUGUACGAUUAAGAGAGAAGGACAUUGAGUUAAUUAAGAUUGACUUGAAUUAUUCUCUUGAAGAUCAGGAACCAUUUGAUAUUAUAAUACACAAAAUUACAGAUGUGUUGAGUCGAGCAGAUGAGGGAAGUGAAAAGGACCAGUUGUAUGCAAAUAAUUUCAAGAAUUUUAUUCGAAAUCAUCCCGAGUGCACCUUAGUGGACCCAUUAGAGAAUGUAUGUCGAUUACUUAAUCGUUAUGAACAAUACUUGCAAGUACAGAAGUUGGAACUCUCUAGUAAUGGUAUAGAAGUUUUUGUUCCUACAUUUGUUGAACUCAAAUCAAAUGUUAUUGAGGAAAACAAAUGUAAAUUAAAGGCUGCCAACAUGGAGUUUCCUUUUGUAUGUAAACCUCAAGUAGCUCAGGGCGAAAUCUUGUCACACGAGAUGGCAAUCAUUUUUAAUGAAGAAGGUUUGAAAGACGUGCGACCACCAUGUGUAGCUCAAAGUUUCAUCACUCAUAAUGCUGUACUGUACAAAGUGUUUGUUGUUGGUGAUGAACAAUUUAUCUGUGAGCGGCCAUCUCUCAAAAACUUGACUGCUGGUGAUGACAAGACCAUAUUUUUCAAUACUAAUGAUGUGUCAACACCUGAUGCCACCCACUUCUUGAAUGAGAUGGAUGAAAAAGAACUUUCCAGUCGACAUGUGAAACCAAAUUUCACAAAACUUAAAGAUCUUGGCAACCAGUUAAGAUCUCAUUUAAAACUUGGCCUCUUUGGCAUUGAUGUCAUUAUUGAAUGCGGGACCAAUCGCUAUGCCAUUAUUGAUAUCAACAUAUUUCCAGGUUAUAAGGGUAUUGAUAGUUUUUAUGAUUCUUUUGAGCGGUAUAUAAUUCAGUUACUGAAAGAGAAGGAAACAGAUCAGAAUAUGGAGAGGAAGCGUUGCCAAACUGUUGCAGAAGGUUGCGCUUUAUCCAAUGUCUGCAAGAAGCAAAAAAUACAGGAAGUGGCUGAAGAAGAAUUUGAUUCCAUACUGUGUACCAGUGAAAGUGACAAGGUCACGGAGAAGAACCAGACAAAAGCAACAGCAGAAAAUGGUAGCAAUGUGGAUAUGUAUCGUGAAACCAAAGGCUUGUCUUAUUUGUCAGGCACAAAUGGCAGUCUUUGCGAGCAGAAUGGACACUGCAUUGAGAAUGGCAACAACAACAAUAACAAUAACAAAGCCAUUUUCAUCAAUAGCAACAACCUCAACAGCCUGAAUAGUCCACUUGUAAGUCUUAAUGAUGACAACAACAAUAUCAACAGCAGUAGUAGCAAUAGCAGUAACAAUAACAUUUUAUGCAAUACAAUCAGUGGUGAAGGCCUCAACAACCUCAAAGGAGGAAACAUUCCAACUGUAAAUGGUCUAACAUGAUCAUGAUGUCAUUUAAUAUUUUUUAUUAUUUGUAAUUAUUAUUAUUAUUAAAUUUUAUUAUUAUUACUGAAGGUGGUGGAUGGCAGAAGUAGUAGAGCUCAUACUUAAUGCCUUGAAGCAUUUUAUGUCCCUUUACAUUCUGGAGUUCAAAUCUCACCAUGUCAACUUCAACUUUCAUCCUUGUGGGGGUUGGGUGGGAGGUUCGAUAAAAUAAAGUACCAGUGAAUUACUGGAGUCGACUUAAUCGACUGUAUCAUUCCUCAAAUUUUUGGUCUUUAGAAUAUAUUAGAAAACAUUAUCAAAAUAAUAAUUAUUAUUACUGGUUGAACAGAAAAUUGAUUGACGCAGUCAAGUACUGAGCUGAAAUACCUUGCAGUCUUUCGAUCUUGUCUUCAAAUUUUACUGAGGUCGACUUUGCCUUCCAUCCUCCAGAAGUUAAUAAAAUAAGUACUGGUAAUUGUACUGUAAAAUCAAGUCAGUGAAAUGUAUCCUUUCUCCAGCUUAUUUUAAAUAAGAAGCUAAGAUUAUUAUUAUUAUUAUUAUUCAUAUUGGCAGAAUGGUUAGAGUGUCAGGCAAAAUGCCUUGUGGUAUUUGUUUUGGCGCUUUGCAUUUUGAGUUCAAAUCAUACUCAGGUCAACUUUGCCUUUUAUCCUUCUGGGAUUGAUAAAAUAAAGUACCAGUGAAGUACUGGUGGGUUGAUAUAAUUGACUCAUCCCCCUCCUUUCUAAAUUACUGGCAUUGUGCCUAAGUUAUUAUUAUAAUUAUUCAGGGUGUUGGAUGGCAGAACCAGUUGAGCUCAUACUUAAUGCCUUGUGGUAUUUAUGUCCCUUUAUGUUUAGAGUUCAAAUCUUGUUGAGAUCAACUUUGCCCUUUCAUCCUUCUGGCAUUGAUGAAAUAAAGUACCAGACAAGUACUGGGGUUGAUUUAUUAUACUAUACUAUUUCUCACUAAAAUUUGUGGCUUUGUGCCCAUGUUAAAAGUUACUAUUUAUAUUCAGUAUGGCAUCAACAGUGUUGGAUUAAUGCCUUGCUGUAUUUACUGAAGACCCUUUACAUUCUGAGUUCAAAUCCCAUCUGGGUCAGCUUUGCCUUUCAUCCUUCUAGGGCUGAAAAAUACCAGUCUAGAACUGGGAGUCAAUUUAAUCGACUAAAUCGCUUCCCCAAAGUUUGUGGCUUUGUUAGGAAUAUUUUUCUUAUUAUUCUUAUUCCUAUUAUUAAUAUCAUCUUCAAAAUCAUCACCAUCAUCAUCAUUGUUUAAUCUUUGUUUCUUAUUGAAAUAUAUUUUAUUUUAAAUCUGUAAGGAAAAAAGGGGAAAACAAAGUAAUAAGAUGUAAAAGAAAAUGAAAAAAAAAAUGUAUAUGUAUGUAAUGUAUGUAUAUAUUUGUAUGUGUAUAUGCACAUGUGUACAUGUGUGUGUGUGUGUGUGUAUAUAUAUAUAUAUAUAUAUAUGCAAACAUACACAUGUAUGCAUGUUUAUGUAUAUAAGUGUAUAUGUAGAUAUAUUUGUGUGUAUAUAAAUAUAUGUGCAUAUACACACACACACACACACACACACUUGUCUAUAUAGUAUGUAUAUAUGUAUGUAUGGAGGGGUGCAGAUAUAGGUGUGUGUAUUUAUAUGACUAUGUUUUUGCAUGUAUCUAUAUAUAUAUAUAUAUAUAUAUAUAUAAUAUGCCAUAUUUACUCAAUGUAUAAUGCAAGAAAUUUGAUAUAAAAAGCAAGUGAGGAAAUUGGUGUGUAGUAUUAAACUUGCUAGAAUGUUCCAAACAAGUGUAAAAACCCCAUAACAUAUAAAAACACAUCAAAGCAGAGGCCUUGAUAUAUUCAAUUACUAAUGUAUAUACUUUAUUGUCUUCAGUUAUGAAACACUGUAUGUAUAGUGAAUUGAAUGACAAUUGUAAAUUCUAGCAUGCUGGUGGUAUGUCGUAUUAUGCAAAAGUAAUUAUCUAAUUGGUUCUUAACUGUUUGUAGCUCAGUGUUUGCUUUCACUGAAAGGUGUUUCGUAUAAGCUCCCCUAACCAAAUUUGUCAAGAAAAAAAAAAAAUAAAAGCUUCAAAUUAUUUUAAUCAAAGAAACGCAAUAGUUUAUUAAGCCAAAUUUCUUAUGCUAUCCCAUUCGGUAUUUGCCUCCUUUUAGAUAUCUAUGUGGAUUAGUGCAUGCAAUGUUAAAUUUUUAUGGAAAAUCAUUGAAGAAGGCAAUGACUUAAAUAAUGAAAUUAUAUUGGACCUUGGUAUAUAAUCACACUUCUUCUCACUAAUAAAACAAUCUACUUAUUUUCUAAUCUCAACAAUGAUGUUUUUUUUUUGAAAAACAUGUUUAGCCCUUUAGCAUUCAAUCAAGCUAUAUCUGGUCCAAAUAUUCAACCUGUCUUAUGUUCAAACUGGCUAGAUCUGGCAUGUCACACAUACCCUUACAUGGCAUUCUAAGAAUAAACAAUCACAUUGUCAAAAUCUCAAAGAUACUAAAUAAUGCAUGAUUGAUUCAAAAUAAUGUGAAUUAAUAAGUAUUACAUUUGACUGAGUAAUAUGAACACUAAAGGGUUAAAAUGUGCGUAUUGGACCUGGUUUAAAUAUUUUAUUCCAAAGAAAGAUCACGACCUGUUAAAACAUUCUGCACCACUCCAUAAUGCCAAUUAAUAUUUGCCGCUCUGUAUGAGCUCACAAGGUCCCGUUGGGUUGCAACAGCCCACGUUAAUAAUCACUGGAUUAGAGCACAUCAGUUACAUUAGUGAUAUGUGCUUAUAGUGAAAAAAGUCUUCAGUGUUGACUCAUAUAUUAAAAUGCAUAUAAAAACUCUUCCUAAGACUGCAAAUGUUGAAAUUUAAGUUAAAAGAAUUUAGUCAAAACAAAAACUUAGUUACAGAGUGGGAGCACUAAGUAAUGAUGUGUGUAAAUGGAAUGUUAUUACCAGUUCAAAUAUGUUUGAACUAGUAAACAAGCCAUUCACUGUGUUUUGUCAUGGAGAAAAUUUCUUGCUGUAGACAAGUGGUGUAUUGAUUAGGUGUACUGAUUUGGGUGUAAUUACACCAUUUGUCUACAGUGAGAAAUUUUCUGCAUGACAAAACAGUGAAUGGCCUGCUUAUGGGUUCGAACAUGCUACAAGCAUAUUUGAAUUGGGUAAUAAUAUUGCAUUGAGAAACUUAAAAAUACAUAACAGGGAAAAAUUAUGUAACUGAUUUUGUAGCCAGAAAAAGCACCAGUGGCAUCAUAUUCAAGAUUGCAUUGUACUUGAGUAAAAAGUGUAUAUUUGUAUGUGUAUAGAUGUGUCUCUGUGUGUGAAUGUAAAUAUGUAUAUGCAUAUACAUGUAUAUGCAUGUGUUAAUGUCUAUAUAAGUAUAUGCAUAUGGAUACAUGCAUAUAUAUAUAUAUAUAUAUAUAUAUAUAUAUAUAUAUAUAUAUAUAUAUAUAUAUAUAUAUAUAUAUAUAUAGGUAGAUGCAUUUAUUUGUGUUUAUAUAUAUGUGUAUAUAUGUAUGUAUACAUGUAAUAUAUAAUGCAUGCAUAAUUAUGUAUAUAUGCAUGUGUAUGUAACUGUAUGUGUGAAUAUAUAUAUAUAAAUAUACAUAAGUGUAUAUACAUAUGUAUGUUAAUAAAUGUGUGUGCAUAUAUAUAUAUAUAUGUAAAUAUGUAUAUAUGUGUGUGUAUAAAAGAUAGUAUUCAAAAGGCCUUUUAGCAUUGAAUUUUACACAUCUUUAAAUUCAAAAGGGACUUCUGAUUCACUCUGUCUGUCUGCAUGAAUCUUAUGUAUGUACCAAUCUAUAAUGUGUGUGUGUGUGUGUGUGAAUUCACAUCUCUAUGUAUGCAUCUAUAUACAGUGGAAGUUGCUUAUUGUGAUUACUUUUGGGACAGAGUAUGCGGCAUAACAAUAACUGGCUGAUAACUUUAAGCAAAUAUAGCUAUAUUCCGAGAUUGUUUGGGACCCAUUAAAUUUUUUUAACAAUACUGGUUUGAUAACAUUGCCUACGAUUAUUAUAAGCAGCUUCCAGUGUGUGUAUGUCUAUAUCUGUUUAUAACGUGUGUAAAUAUAUAUAUAUAUAUAUAUAUAUAUGCAUAUAAACCCAUGUUCAUGAAAAUAUAUGCAUAUUUACAUACAUGUAUAUAGGCAUAUGUAUGAAUAUAUAUAUAUAUAUAAAGAAAAGCAUAUUUGUGUGUGUGUGCGUGCGUCUAUAUGUAUAUAUGCCUGUUGUAUAUGUAUGUAUAUUAUAUGUAUAUAUAUAUAUAUAUAUAUAUAUAUAUAUAUAUAUAUAUAUAUAUAUACAUACAUACAUACAUUAUAUAUAUAUUAUAUAUAAAUAUACAUACACACACGUGUGGGUGUAUAGUCACAUAAAUGAAUGCAUGCACAUGUGUAAAUGUAUAUAUAUAUAUGUUAUAUAUACAUGCUCAGUCAUAUGUUUUAUAUAUAUAUAUACUUGCUCACUUGUGUGUGUAUAUAUAUAUAUAUAGAUAUACACACACGCACACAUAUAAACACCCACAUAUGCACACACGACUUUUAAAGUUUUUAUUUUCUACAAACUGCUCUACUAUAAAUCAUGGAACAGAAAUUAUUAAAGGAGGAAAAAAAAAAAUUUACAAAUUAAAAAUAAAAAAAGUGAAGGAGACAUCCCAAAAAUAUCUAAAAAUACAAUAUUCUGUAAAAGAACAAAAGAAUUACAAACCAUUUUAGCUGUCAUUUUGAAUUUUGAAAAACAAACUAAGAACAAACUAUUUUUUGCCUUGCUAUCAUAUAUCUUUUAGUUUUUUAUUUCUUUCCCUUUUUUCCUUUGCCAUUUUAUAAAUAUAUAUUUUUAUUUAAAGGAAUAAAACAAUAUAAAAAAAUAUAACCAAGCGAAAUAAAAGAUAUUAAAAGCAAAA